AUGGAUAAUCUUGGAGCUCUGAUGGAAUGCUACAUGUUGUGGAAGAUGAUUGUUGCAUCCGGAGGAAGAAAACCCGUAGGAGUUGGGGCGUCGUCGGAAGAAGAGCUUGAAGACACCGUACAACUGUUGGCAUCUAAAAGACGCAGAGUGUACCAACCAACGGUGUUGAUAAAACAGACCUUCGCAUCUCCAUCGUCACCUCUCUCCCUUGACCCUUCUUCUCCAGCGUCCGAUCUUCUUCAUCCACGCUUCUCGCGCCCAAAUUUCCUCCAAAACUUUACGAAAUUUUCUCUCUCCAACUGGUAG